CUCCAGAUAUGUCUACAAAGCUGGUGUUGCCCUUCCUGCCGGACACCCAGCUGACGGAGGUAAUGCGCCUGCGGGUUCAGUUUCUGCAGCAGCGUGGCCAGAAGAGGCAGGACGGUGAGCGUCUGCUGCAGCCCAAUGAGGCUGUGUACCGACUGGACUUCUCCAAACAGUCCCUCCAAUUCUCGCACUGGACGGUGCGGCUGGCCCAAGCAGGGCAUCUCACCAUUACAGCUACCUCGCAGCUCUGGACACCUGAUCUCACCAACCUGAUGACACGUCAACUGUUGGAGCCCACCGGGACCUUCUGGAGGAAGCCAGUUGAUGCUAAUGAUGCACCUGUCCAGUGCUAUGAGGCUGAUAUAUAUGAGUUUGGUGAGAGGAUUGCUGAGUUGGCUAAGAUAAGGAAGGUGAUGUACUUUUUAUUUGCAUUUGCAGAAGGCUGCAGCCCCGAAACUGUCGACUGUUCCAUCACCUUCACAGUGGACAGUUGA